GGGAGACUAGAAGGAAACAUACCUUUCUGCCACUUCUCUCCCUCUUUUCUUCCUGCCAAAGUUUGAGAGCCAGGCUGAGUGAAGAAAAAACAAUACAAUUACUGUCUUUUAAAUUUUUAUCCACAAUUAGAAGAUCUGACUUGAAAUUCAGCCGUCGUACAUUUGGAUCAACAUUACUAUUAUAUUGCUUGUACUAUUGAUCAUAAUGGUCACUACAAUUUUAUCAUUAGAACAUCCCACUUUCUAACAAAAACAUAUCUUAAACUUAAACACCUGCCCAUUGAAAAAAUAAAAAUGAAUUCCGAGAAGAAUCUUUGCAGGGAUCUGGUCGCCCAGUAGGUGUAGCUUUCUCUAACCUUCAAACACAUUCUUCCUUUCCUCUGAUAUUCCCUUUCCUACAUUUUUUCUACUGCCUCUUCCUUCCAGACCACCUUGUUAAGGAACUCUCUCUCUCUCUAAAAAUUGCAGCAGCUAUGUCCGCCAACAAAUUUGCAACCAUGUUGCAUAGAAACACCAACAGAAUCACUGUAAUUCUAGUCUAUGUAGUCCUUGAAUGGGUUCUGAUAAUUCUUCUCCUCCUCAACUCUCUGUUUUCUUAUCUCAUCAGAAAGUUUGCCAAUUACGUCGGCCUCAAACCGCCAUGCCUGUGGUGCUGCAGAGUUGAUCAUAUGUUAGAGCCGGGAGAGAGUAAAAACUCCUAUAGAGACCUUGUCUGUGAAAGCCAUGCCACUGAACUGAUAAAAUUGGGUUACUACUCAAAUCACUGCAAGUUGGCCGGCUCACAAAAUAUGUGCCAGGAUUGCCUGUCCUCUCUACCAAGUGGCAAUGGGAAGUCUAUGGAGGAGAUCACUUUCUUUUCAUGGGUGAGCGAGAACAGAAUUGAUCAUGGUAAGAAUUAUAGAUGUUCUUGCUGUAAUGAGCGCUUAAGCAGUAAGCUUUACCCUUGUUUGCUGUUUAAUCCGUCUUGGGGCUAUUUGAAUUAUAAUACCCAGAAAGGAAAUUUGAUUUUAGAACUAGUAGAUGAUGACAGCAAUGGAAGUGAUGACUCAAAUCUAUGCAACUCCAGCAGCAUGACAGAUGACUGCAAAUUUUAUAGCAGAGAAGAAGAAGAUAACGCUAAAGGAGCUGGUAUGGAGCAUCACAUCCUUAAUGAUAUUGCAAAUUUUAGCUUUAAAAACUUGGCAGAAGAGGAUUGUUUGAAAGCUCUAUCAAAAUGCCAAUCCGAUGAGAAGGGAAAUGAAGACAAAAUAGGCACUUCUGAACUUUCACAACAGUUUCACGGGGACAUUGGCCGUACCCAUCAUUCUUCUAAUGAGAACAGGUUUCAAAUUUGUAAUAGCCAGGAUGAAUCUCUCGACAUUAUCAGUGGGUGCUCAAAGAAUUACAAUGAUCAUGAUCUCGACCGCUUAAUCCCUGUUGAAUUGAUUGAUUAUUCAACUAUAGCAAGCCUAAGAUCCUGCAAAUCUUCAAAGAAAAAUUCAGUAAAGCAAGAAAGACAUAUCAACUCAGCUGAUAUGUGUCUCUCAGCGGAGGCACCCAUCAACUCAUUUGCAGACCAUAUGUGUGUUUCAGGGGAGGCAGCAUUACAUAAAAUGGAUGAGAUUCUAGAAAAAACAAAAGCUGCCGAGAAAGAUGGAGCUAUUGAAUCAGAGAGAGAAACACAGAUCAACUCAGAUGCAGAGCAUAUGCGCGUCUCAAGGGCAACAGUACAACAUAUAGCAGAGGAUAAUGAAGAAGAAACAAUGUCGAUCGACCACAAAAGUGUGAAGAUGGCCGAGCCAGCAAAUUGUUCAGCAAUAAAUGAAGCAGGGAGGGUGGAUGUGGCUGAUGCAGAGAAUUGUUCAGGACCAAAUGCAGAAGCAGGGAAGGCAUGUGAACAAGUUACUCCUAGUCAGGCAGCCCAAACCCUCACUGCUGACAGCAAUGUAAAAGUUGCAACCAUUGAAGAACUAAAUGAUCCUCCAGCAUCUGAAGAAGAAAUUGACUUCAAAUCAGUGGAAGAUGAAACCAAAUCCCAGGUCCUGGUCGGCGCAGAAGUAUUUAACCACGGGCUGGCAGAUCAGAUCCAAGCUCAAGAACCACUUGUGUCAUUGGCAAACCCACAAGAAGAUCAACCUUCAAUGUGUAAAAAUAGCAAUGAGAUAUGCAACAGCCCUGAUGAACAUGUGGCCAAGAAUGACCAUGAUUCAAAUAUCAAAGCUACUGGACAAGAGGAAACGAUUCCAGCUAACAAGAAUCCAGAAGGGAUAAACCACUUAUCCAUGCAUACAGAUGCAAAUGAGGCUGGGGAAGAGAAAUUUCCUGAAACGCCGACUUCCACGGAUGGUCUCCACCACCUACAUAAGAAGUUAAUGCCAUUCGAGAAGAAAGAAUGGGGAACAGAUGAGUCCUUGGAUGGGAGUGUUGCAAGUGAGAUGGAAGGUGGUGCUGGUUGUGGUGGUGAUGGUGGUCUGACCACUGAACAGCUGAAAUUGGCAUUGAAAGCCAAACGAAAGGCUCUGAAUGCUUUAUAUCUCGAGCUAGAAGAAGAAAGAAGUGCCGCUGCUAUAGCUGCCAACCAGACCAUGGCUAUGAUAACCAGGCUUCAGGAAGAAAAGGCAGCAAUGCAGAUGGAAGCGUUGCAAUACCAGAGGAUGAUGGAAGAACAAUCUGAGUAUGACCAGGAAGCCUUGCAGCUUCUGAAUGAGCUCAUGAUCAAGAGAGAGAAGGAGAAACAAGAACUGGAGAGAGAGUUGGAGAUGUACCGUGAAAGGGUUUUGGAUUAUGAGGCAAAAGAGAAGAUUGUGGCAAGAAGAAAAUAUGCAAGUGGAAGUAGGAACUCUUCUGCUUCUUGCAGCAAUGCAGAUGACAGCGAUAAACUAUCCAUCGAUAUUAAUAUUGAAGCAAGGGAUGAGGAUAAUGGCUUUUUCAAUUACCAAGAAAUCAGUGAUAAAAGCACUCCUAUAGAUGAAGUCUUAAAUUUAGACAAAAUGGGACUUGAUUGUGUGAAGCACUUGGGAGCAAUUGAUGAAUCUCUGGCAGAAUAUGAACAAGAAAGAAUGUCCAUUCUAGAGCAGCUCAAGGCACUGGAGGAGAGGUUAUUCACACUAGGAGAUGAUGAACAGUUCUUCGAGGAUGUCAAACCCAUUGAGAAUUUGUCAGAGUAUAAUGGCAAAGCAUUUGAUGAAAGGUACAGUUUUAGCAGUCUAGAAGAAAAUGAGGUUGUCAAUGGGUUCUCUUAUGAUAUGAGAGAAAAGAAUCAUCCAGAGAGCAAAAUAAUCAACACCAAGGCAAGGAGGCUUCUUCCCUUAUUUGAUGCAAUUGACAUCGAAAACAAAAAAGGUAUAGCGACCAAACAACAAAUUGAUUGUGAUUCUAAUGGAAUGCAGAACUCUUUCAUUCCAAAUUUUGAACUGGAGAAUGAGAAAUUUGCUGUUGAAGAAGAGGUGGAGCAUAUCUAUGAAAGAUUACAAGCUCUCGAGGCAGAUAGAGAGUUUCUAAAACAUUGUAUUAGUUCCUUGAAGAAAGGAGAUAAGGGAAUGGAUCUCCUCCAAGAAAUCUUACAACAUCUUCGUGAUCUGAGAACUGUUGAACUUCAUGUAAGGAAAAAAGGUACUGGCCCUCAAGUGAUAUUACAGUAAAGUGAUGAUAAGGUGAGAGGUAUUGUCAAACUCCUUCCAGAUAGUAUAAUUCCAGUUAAUCUCAUGCUAAUAUAGUAAAUUUUUAACAUUUUGACUCCAUUUAUAUAAAGAAUUUGAAAUGUUAACAUGGUUAAUGCAUUUGAUAAAUGCAGAUUGCCUCCUUCAAGACAAUUGAUGAAUAUGCAUAUGUUAGGAGUUUUAAGGACUGGAUUCACUUCACCGCAGUAGCCAAAGGCACAUAAAAUUCUGCACCAUCGACAAAGUGACAGGAAAAUCUUCUGACGGGGAGAUUCCUCAAUGAUUUGCUCGAUUAGAAAGAAGAAUGAUACGCAGACUUAAAGAUUAAAGUCUGCUUCAUCUUUUUCACCCUCAUUUGAUCUUCAGAAAAGCCUAUUUUUUUUGCUGGUUCUCCACAUUAAAGCCUUUCUCAAGCAAGGGUGAAAGAUGAAAAGGCAGGAAGUUGUAGAAUAUGCAUCCACGUGUUAUCAGACCACUUAGAAUUCAUAGAGCUUUUUUUUCUUCUUUUAUUAUUUUCUUUGUCAUUUCUGUAUCUGUUUCCCUCAUCUUCUCUUCUCUAAUAUUCUCAUUGAUUCACCAUAUGGAUUUUGAUUAUCCAGGAAAAUUUGGGAUUUACAUAAUUACAUGUAAGCCACAUUUCUCUGAA